GCAAGGGUUGACUGUAUAUAUAGUAUGAGAAUUAUUGAAUGGGUCAAGCAUGCUGUUGGCAUGGGGCAUAUUCAUAUAUACAGUCAACCCCCAGACAAUGUACUUGAUUUAUGCAGGAGACUAGCCUGUUAUGCAAACUUCAUUUUCCCAUAUGUUUACGCUUAUGCAAAAUAAGCAAGAUUACAACCAAAAGAAGUAAAAAACACAACAUACACACAUUCACAGCAAUAGUAAUGAAAUUUUUUAUUCAAAUUGAGUUGGGAAGCAUGGUAAGGGGGGAUGUAAGGGACUCAUGUCUACUGGUAGCAUGCGCUUCUACAGACUGAAGUCUGUUGUUUGGAUUUGUCUGUUAUGCAAGAGGAUAAACUGCCUCCAGAGGUGGUCUGAUCUGCAAAAAUCUGUUGUGUGGUGUCAUUAUGCUCCAUAACUGUGUCAUUAGGCUCCAUUUUGCAUCAACUGGAAAUUAUCAUCUUCAAUUUCACAGGUGGCACAACUUUGGAAAAGUCAGGGUAAGUGUCCCAGGAACAACCUUGACAGAAAUUGCAGAGCUGAAUGGAGCUAGAAAUGAAGAUAUUUUGCAUGUUGGACUAUGCCAUAGUUUCCAGGAAUUCCAUGAAAGGCAUGGGUCCAACAGACUCCUGGACAACAUUUCUACUGCUUUGAUGAACCCUGGAACUUGUACUGGUGUCAGAGGUGACAUCUGUCCUACAGGGCGGAUCUGGUUCCCAACACUCAAUGGUCCUCCAGAGACAAGAAUGAAGGUCAUAUCUUCAACAUUGGAUUACUAUGGAAACAAUGGGGGUUGGAAGAAAUUGAUGUUCAUGACAAUCAACAAAAUACCAGAAGAAAUUUUGACACUGCCUUUCAAGUGGACUUUUGGUGUCACACAUGUGGACCUGAGUUCACUUUCGCCAAAAGCUGCAGAAGCUGUUCAGUGGAUCAACUUUGGUCCUGGCUCAACAGGAGGUUUGAGCUGGACUUUCAUCAGCCACAAUGAAUCAGGAUCCAAAGUGUGCAUCGAAGGAGAUUCUUCAUUCUUAAAAUCCUCGCGGGAAAUUGACCUCAUGUGUCGGGAUUUUGUGGCGGAGGUCAACAGACUCUGCAAUUCCGUGGCGAUUGCCAAAAAUCGGCACAAGCCUCCAAGUGUUUCAACGUCUUCGUCGUCAUCGCAAGGACUACCUGAUGAUGAUGCCACACUAUUGGAAGUCAAGAGAACCCAGCAAAUUGAGGCUGAUUUGCAGCCACUCAUGAGCGAUUGGGGCCAUGAUGGACAGCAUCAACCGACGCCGAUUCCAGUUGCGAGUUCCUAAAUUGAAACCUUUUUUUUUUUAAAUAAAGUGAAGUAUUUUUCGAGAACUGGCACGAUUUUCGGCGAGAAACUGAUAUUUUCGAUUUUCUGGUUUGAUGGGUAACUUUUAAUAAUUUGUUUUGGAUUAGUGGAAUUUAUGAUAUGCGUUUGCAUUUUUUUGAGCGACACGGACAAGAUUGAAAAAAAAAUGUACGAAAACUACCAUUGCUUUUUAUACUUCCAAAAACUUUUGUACCAUUGUUUUAUGUCUUCUGAAAACGAGACAUUUUUGAAGACUGGACAGAGAAGAAAGAAUGUCUUCAUAAAUUUUUCUUCCUCUUGCGAAAGAUUUAAAAUUUUGCGUCAUCAACUCAUCAUGCGCAGCCUGAAAUUUUAACAUGAGAUUCGGUGAAUUCGUAUUUUUGCUAAUUUGAAAGCCAACGAUCUAAAGAUGAGAUAAUAUUGAAAAACAAUGAAUGCCGCAUUUCUGAAGAGAUCAAAAAGAUUUUCAAAGAAAAAGCGUGCGUCAGCUUCCUUUUGUUCAACUAUUGAGAAAGUUGUACUCUUCAAAUAAUUUUGGCAGUGAAAAUUAAGAGCUGGAAUGUACAGAAAUUUUUUUUGGGAAGCUGUUGAAUAUCUUCUCUUGCAGCAUUUCUUCACUGAUGAUUGACACAUUUUAGAGCUUAGCAAUAAAAUCUCACUGAGGGAAGGUUUCUCUGUCAACCAAGGAAAAUUCUGUUCCAUAUAUACACUGUGGGCCAAAAAUGUAAACCAAGUUUCAAUUUACAAUAGCUCAGUAGCAAAUCCAGGUAUGAAAAAAACCAAAUGAAAUCUUGUU